AUGCGUUCCCUCUCUGUCCUCCUCGCGGCCAUCACCGCUGUCUCCGCGCAGCAGGCCGGCACCCAGCAGACCGAGACUCACCCCAAGCUGACCUGGCAGAAGUGCACCAGCUCCAGCUGCACCAAUCAGAACGGUGAGGUCGUCAUCGACUCCAACUGGCGCUGGCUUCACGACAGCUCGGGCGCCAACUGCUACGACGGCAACAAGUGGACCGACAAAUGCAGCACCGCCACCGACUGCGCGUCCAAGUGCGCCCUCGAGGGUGCCGACUACUCCGGAACCUAUGGCGCCACGACCUCCGGCAACGCGCUCAGCCUCAAGUUCGUCACGCAGCACGCGUACGGCAAGAACAUCGGCUCGCGUCUGUACCUCAUGAACAGCGCCACCAAGUACGAGAUGUUCACCCUCACCGGCAACGAGCUUGCGUUCGACGUCGAUCUUUCCCAGCUAGAGUGUGGCCUGAACGGUGCCCUCUACUUCGUCCAGAUGGACGAAGACGGUGGCAUGGCCAAGUACUCCACCAACAAGGCCGGUGCCAAGUAUGGUACUGGAUAUUGCGACGCCCAGUGCGCUCGCGACCUCAAGUUCGUCGGUGGCAAGGCCAACAUCGAGGGCUGGGUUCCCUCUUCGAACGAUGCCAACGCUGGUGUCGGUCCGUACGGUGGCUGCUGUGCUGAGAUGGACGUCUGGGAGUCCAACGCCCACUCCUUCGCUGUCACCCCCCACGCGUGCAAGAACAACGCGUACCACGUCUGCGAGAAGAGUGGUUGCGGUGGCACCUACUCUGAGGACCGCUUCGCCGGCGACUGCGAUGCCAACGGCUGCGACUUCAACCCGUACCGCAUGGGCGUCACCAACUUCUACGGCAAGGGCAAGACCGUUAACACCUCCCAGAAGUUCACCGUCGUCACCCAGUUCUCCAACAACAAGGUUGCCCAGUACUUCGUCCAGAACGGCAAGAAGAUUGAGAUGCCUCAAUCCGCCAUCAGCGGCGUCACUGGCAACGCCGUGACCCCCGAGUUCUGCACCAACCAAAUGAAGGCCUUUGGCGACCGCGACCGCUUCUCCGAGGUUGGAGGCUUCUCCCAGAUGAACUCCGCCUUCAGCGGCAAGUGGGUGCUGGUCAUGUCCAUCUGGGACGACCACUACGCCAACAUGCUCUGGCUCGACUCCGUCUACCCUCCCGAGAAGGCCGGCCAGCCCGGUGCGGCCAGAGGCGACUGCCCCACGACCUCCGGUGUUCCCGCCGAUGUCGAAAACAGCCUUGCCAGCGCUACCGUUACCUACUCCAACAUCCGCUUCGGCCCCAUCGGCUCCACCGUCAAAUAA